GGACCAGAAGACAAAGAUAGCCCAAACCGCGGUUGCUUUUGGUUGCUUUUGGUUGCAGAAGCAUGCCAAAAAUCGCCAAGAUGGAUCUUUGGUUGCAAAUCGUCACAUGCGUCCAUCAAUCGCCAUUUUAGUGACCUAAAUGCUAGUGACUCAGGAUUAUUUCCAAUCAUGCAAUCGUUGAAAAUGCUACGAGACAAUAAAGGAGUACUGAAGCAAUUUUGCAAUUGUAAGAUCUUGCGUGACAGCAGGAUUCAGACAGAAGAUCUAUGGGUUCGAAAUGGAAAGAUAGUGAAUCCAGAGAAGAUUUUCUACGAUGAGAAAAUCAAGCCAGAUGUUAAAAUAGACUGUGGCGGCGCUUUGAUCUCACCGGGAUAUAUAGAUGUGCAGAUUAAUGGAGGAUUUGGUAUAGAUUUUUCAUGUAAUAUUGAUAAUGUGGAAGAAGGCAUUGCUAAAGUAGCAAAGGGAUUGUUGGAACAUGGAGUGACAUCUUUUUGCCCUACAUUGGUUACAUCUCCUACAGAGAUAUAUCAUAAAAUCUUACCAAAAAUAAAGAAACGAAAUGGAGAUAGCCAUGGUGCUGGUGUACUAGGUGUUCAUAUAGAAGGACCAUUUAUUAGCCCAAACAAAAAAGGUGCUCAUCCAGAACAUUAUAUCAGAAAAUUUGAACAGAAAUUUAAAUCAGUAACUGAUAUGUAUGGUGAUCUCGACAAUGUAUGUAUGUUUACAUUAGCACCUGAAAUAUCGAAUGCUACAUCUGUUAUUGAAGAGUUAUGUAGAAGAAAUAUUAAAGUAUCUCUUGGACAUUCUAUAGCAAAUUUAAAUGAAGGAGAAAAAGCAGUUAAACAUGGAGCAUCGUUUAUCACUCAUCUAUUCAAUGCCAUGUUGCCUUUUCAUCAUAGAGAUCCAGGAUUGGUUGGUCUGUUAACAUCCGACCAAAUCCCACCUGGAAGAAUUGUUCAUUUUGGCAUAAUCGCCGAUGGGAUUCAUACUCAUCCUGCGGCGUUGCGGAUCGCUCAUAGAACGCAUCCCGAAGGUUUGGUGCUUGUAACUGAUGCUAUAUCAGCGUUGGGUCUAGAAGAGGGAAUCCAUCAAUUAGGACAGUUUAAAAUAGAGAUACGUAAAGGAUGUGCAUAUAUCGCUGAAACAAAUACUCUGUGUGGUAGCAUAACCGAGCUUUCCAAAUGUGUGAGACACUUUAAAGAAGCUACAGGUUGCACAAUAGUUGAAGCUUUAGAAGCGGCGACUUUACAUCCCGCGAGAACUCUCGGUAUCAAUUCUUACAAAGGUGUUCUGAAUUUUGGGGCCGACGCUGAUUUCAUAUUACUUAAUGAGAAACUCGAACUAUUGUCAACAUGGAUUUCAGGAGAAUGUGUUUACGAGAAGAAUAUUAACAGUUUUUUUUUGUGUAAAACAAUUUGAUGCUUGAAUGUAAGUAGAUAUCUUGAUAUAUAAUAUAAAUCCAAAUCAAUUACUGUAUAAAGCAAAUGGAUAUAUUUUAUGACUAGACACUGUAUAAAAUGAUAGUGAAAGGCUCAUGAGAGAUAUUGUUAUAAUAAAAAGACUUAAGGCUUCUGAAUAGUCAUCACAGCCAUAUUGAAUCGUGACGUUAGAAGUGAGUAAUGACACGUACAUUUUUUAUUACGUGUCGUUUAUAAAGACAAUUUGGAUAAAACAAAAUGAUGAGAUUGCUUUGAAACAUUUGUAAAAAUGGACGAAGACUGUUCUUAUCCCCAUGAUAGUCAGUAAAUAAUCGAAAAGGCGCACGUGUAAGCGGAAAUAAGCUACACAUGGGCAUUAAAUAAAAGCACUUCAUGUGCCUUUUAUCACUUUUUACGAUUAUUUACUGACUAUCAAGGGGAUCAGGGUAGCUUUCGUCCAUUUUUACAAUUAUUUCCAAGCGAUAUUAUCAUUUCAUUUUAUUCAAAUUGUCUUUAUUCACAGGUUGCAUGUAACAAAAAUUAACGUGUCAUUUCUUGCUUCUGACGUCACAAUUCAAUAUGACUGUGAUGACUAUU